GAGACUAUGACCUUGAUAAGGAAAUGGAACAAUUAAGAAAAUUUAAGGAGGGUAACGACAUUCAAUAAGCGCCCGUGAGCGGCUAUCCCUGUUGUUCACCCGCUCGGCAUACAAACCCUUCACCGUAAUUAUAGUGUAUAUCUUUAUCUCCCAGAUUUGUGGUACAUCUGGAGUUAUGAUAUGGGCUGUGGAAAUGUUGACGGUAGCCAAGUCCUCCGUCGACGUGAAUACUGGUAAUUUUCUAAUGACCCUGACUAGAUUGGUCGUAAACGUUCUCACUUCAAUACUUCUUUUCAAAGUCGGGAGAAGGCCUCUGGCGCAUACAUCAGCUGUGGGAGUUGCAGUGGUCAGUAUGGUUAUCGCGAUUUAUACAUCGACUCAUAAGGAGCCAAGCUUGCCUCCCCAAAUAUUGUUCAUGAGCUACAUGGCUUUUGCUAGUGUCGGAUACUAUGUGCUACCGUUUCUUAUGGCUUCUGAAAUAUAUCCUCUACAAGUUCGAGGAAUUCUUGCUGGUAUAACAGUAUUUAUCACCGGUCUCUUAAUAUCUGGCAGCAUCAAAUUAACUCCCACCUUGCUGGAUAAUCUUGGUCUUACUUAUACAAUGGUGAUCUUUGGAAUCAGUUCCUUAUUGGGCGUUAUAUUCAUAUAUAUCUUUUUGCCGGAAACAAAGAAUUUGACGUUGCAGGAAAUCGAAGAGUAUUAUAGCGAUCUACGACCAACCUUGGUUUCGCAGAGAACAAACCUUUCCAAACUUGAAACGAAAAGUAGUACCUCAAAUAAGAUAAAAGAUGUUACGAAGAAAACUUUAGCAGCAACUUCUGCUGAUGUGAUAAAUUUAGCGAAUUCUAUUUUCAAAUUAGAUGGGAAGAAAUCAAACAAAUCAAUAAAAAAUAAAAAAGCCAGUUCAGAACUCAACCUGAAUGCUGAUAAUAAAAAUGUUCCAAGACCAAGUGCCGAUACCAUUCUCCUUCAAAAAAUUGUUAAACUCGCAAAAACAAUUAAAAGUCGUAGAAAGCAAGGUUCUAAAGAAAAUAUUGAAGAACUGAAAAAUAAGGAAAGGCCCGACCAUAUCACUGGGAAAGGGAAACUGGAAGGUAUUUCUGAUACAUCAGAUAAGCCGGGGACGAGUAGAAAAUUAUCAAGGACAUCAAGCAAAACUAACAUUUUGGAGCAACCAGAACAACCAGCAGAAAUUGCACGUAAAAAAAUGAAAAAACAAAGCAAUGAAAGUAUUAAAAGUACGACUAGUAAGAAAAGUAACCGAGAUAAAUAUGAUACAAACGACAGCGACUAGGAUAGAGACGGAAUAAGACAAAAUUGGGCAAUGAACACCUGCAGCGGAUUUAUGAUAUUUUUAAGAAGAUAGUCGUUAGUAGAUUGGCAUUAGACAAUUUAUUGAAGAUUGCAAGAUUUUUUUGCACCUACAUCAUUUCAUCUCCUAGCGAAAACAAUAUAUAGUACGGGAGCUAGCAACGUUUGGAAAGUAAGAAUUUUAGGUCAGCUGAUUUUGUGAUAUGUCGUCCUUCUUGCACUUUCGGUUAGAGUCUGGGCUAUCUGGCUGGCGGUAGCGGUUGCGUUCUUUAGUGCGCAUCCUACCUGUCCAGGUAAUAAUCCUGGAUUUUAAAAACA